AUGUCGUCCCCCGUCGUGAUCGAUUGGUCUAAAGUCGACAACCCUGAUCUCGUAUUCCAGAGAUAUCCUAGCCGUAGAUCCGUCGUCUAUGGCACUAAAGGAGUGGUGUCUUCUUCCCAGCCUUUAGCUACAGAAGCGGGAUUGGAGAUCUUGAGGAAAGGAGGAAAUGCAGCCGAUGCAGCUGUUGCGACAUCUGCCGCGUUAAAUGUUACUGAACCUAGCUGCUGUGGGAUCGGCGGGGACGCGUUCUGUUUGUUUUAUGAUGCUAAGACGAAGGAAGUGAAGGCUCUCAAUGGUUCUGGUCGAGCCCCUGCAAACCUGAGCAUUGACUACUUGCUCGCUCGUGGUGUGAAAAGUCGAAUUCCCCUCACGGACCUUAAUUCUGUAACAGUUCCUGGGACCGCCGCCGCCUGGCUAGACACUAUUGAGAAAUUUGGAAGUGGAAAAGUUACCGCCGCUGAUGUUUUUGCACCGGCGAUUCGCUUGGCUGAAGAAGGAGUGCCAGUGUCAGAAAUCCAUAGUUGGGGAUGGAAACGCUCUGAGGAAUUGAUCAAGAAUGCUUCUCCCAACGGAGAUGAGAUGCUUCUGAACGGAAGAGCCCCACGUCCCGGCGAAGUAGUCCGGUUGCCCAACCUCGCGGCGACCUUCAGGGAGCUCGUGGCUCAUGGAAAGGAUGGUUUUUACAAGGGCCGUGUCGCUCGAGCCAUCGUCGAUCUCAUAAAAUCGAAAGGUGGUGUGAUGGAGUUAGACGACCUUGCCAAACACACUACCUCCAUCGUUGAGCCCAUCAAGUAUACCUAUGCCCAAGAUGUCACUAUUUACGAGUGCCCUCCUAACGGACAAGGAAUAACCGCCCUCCUUGCCCUUGGGAUUCUCGAAAACAUCCAAGAACAAGGCCUUUCAAGACAAUUACUCGAAAUGGAACAUAACUCCCCUGAAUAUCUUCACACCUUGAUCGAGGCUUUACGCCUGGCCUUUGCAGAUAGCCAAUACUACGUGACCGAUCCUGACGUUGAGCAUGUUCCCGUGGACGAACUUCUAAACAAGGAGUACCUCGCCACCAGAGCCAGACUUUUUAGUGCAGCAGGAACCAGCACAGUUGUACACGGAAACCCGGUCCACUCAUCGGACACAGUUUAUUUCUCCGUGACUGACCAGUGGGGUAACGCCUGCAGCUAUAUCCAAAGUAAUUACGCUGGUUUCGGAACUGGAGCCGUCCCAAAGGGAUGUGGGUUUACUCUCCAAAACAGAGGAUCGGGCUUUGUCCUCGAGAGGAACCACCCAAAUGCGUUGAAGGGUGGAAAGCGGCCAUAUCAUACUAUCAUCCCUGCACUUGCGACCAGAGAUGGCGAAUUGUUUCUGAGUUACGGUGUCAUGGGCGGUUUCAUGCAGCCACAAGGACACGUCCAGGUUCUGCUCAACAUUCUGCGCGGGUUCUCUCCUCAAGCAGCCCUCGACGCUCCUCGGUUCUGCAUAUCCGCUGGUACACCAGACGCCGAAGACAAGUCAACUGGUUCAGCUGGAGAUGUCAAUAGCGAGGUAUAUUUCGAGUCCGAGUUUCCGAAGGAAACGGUUGAGGCUCUACGAGCAAUGGGGCAUGACGCUAGGGUAGUCGAUGGUUUUAAUCGCGGGUUAAUGGGUCGUGGACAAGUCAUCCAGAAGGUCAAGAAUGACUCUGGACGCUUGGUCUGGGCGGCAGGGUCAGACCCUCGAGCGGAUGGACACGCAGCAGCCCAGAUUUAG